CCAUGCAUAUUCCUUGCACGUUAACAGGAUUUUGUGAUUUAUUGCAGUCUGUCUUUGGUGAAGCUUUUUGGGUUGUUAUGAUACCAUUAUUCAGGCAGUGCUUUGUGUGUCACUCUGUGUUCUCUCCACUCUGCAUAAGAUGACCGCUCAUUUAAAGCUUCCUGUGAAAAAUCAGGAUGGAUUGGAGCUUGAGAAAAUAGAGGACCAUGUGUGUGAUGGUAUGUUGUUUGUCUGAUCAGGCUAAAUACCGCUUGAAUGAAGUUAUUGUUAGUCACAACCAGAAUAAAACUGCAGUGUGAUUGAUGGAUGAGGUGGAGGAGUAUAUUUUCACACAGUAUUUAUUUUCCUCCUGCCCAAUUUAAUCCAGGAAACUAGAUCCAAAUAAAAGCUUGCAAAUCAAUAAUCUCUCCUCGCUGAAGUUUUAUUGAGCAAGCCUCCUCCAUUAUGCGCUUCAAGUCUCACCUCCCUGAAAUAAUGCAUGUUAAUGGUGCCCUGAAUUAUUAAAACUGCCUCAUAGAGGAUCUGAGUAACUUAUCUAACAUAUACAACACUGUGAGGGGAACCAUCAGUGCUUUCCUAUGAUUUUUUUUCCCAAAUCAUUAAUUCUUUCAAAGGCAGCAUCCCUCAGACAGUGAUGGAGAAUCCACCCAGAAAGAUGACGGGCAGGUCGGUCAGUGCUGUGUGCAGACUGAGCACCAUUUCAGAACAAGAACAAGACAAGCUAGACACCGAUCCCAGUUCCCGUGAUCCCCUGGGUGGCAGUGAGUGGGGCGGAUCCGGCUUCUCCAUGUGUUCCGACAAGUUGAAGAACAGCAGCAGUCAUUUGUCCUCUGAUGAUUCAUACCAGCCAGGAGGUGGAGAUGACUGUGCAGGACUUCUCCUCGCCUGCCUGCAUUGCCGUUUCCAUGAGUUUUUGUUUCUCAUACCGGAUACAUGUGAGAGGGCCGUGAGUCGCUGUUUCCCCUCUUACAAAUACAUCACAGCGUCCAGUGAAAGAGAGCAUCAGGGACAGGAAUGCUGCAAUUACAAGCUGGAACUGGACUGUAACUGCUGUGGCUCCUGUCAGGACGCAGGAGAACUCAUAGAGCUGGCCAUGGAGAUAUCAGAAGUCUGCUAUCGCUGAGGAAUGACUUCAAACUUAACCACAAACAUUAUAAAUCUUGAAUGCUCAACAAACCGAAUUACCGUCUUGUCUUAUAAACACAAAUUGCAUGAAUUCUUGUUUUUUUUGUUAUCAUGUUUAUAAAGCACUGAAUGCACCAAGAUACAUUUCUGAUCUUCUGCUACAUUAUGAACCAUCCAAAACUCUCAGGUCUUCUGGGAUGGGUCUGCUUUCUGUCCCCAGAGUCACCGAACUAAACAUGGAGAAGCAGCGUUCAGUUAAUGUGCUCAUA